AUGGCCGGGGACAGCGAGACGCUUCUUAGGAACCAUGACGAGAACACCAACGUUAUUCGACAGCCUUUUCUUAUCGGCGUCUCCGGUGGGACUGCCAGUGGCAAGUCCUCUGUGUGUGAGAAGAUCAUGGAGCUGCUGGGGCAGAACAAGAUCGACCACCACCAGCGGCAGGUGGCGAUCCUUAGCCAGGACAGCUUCUACAAGGUGCUGACUCCAGAGCAGAAAGCCAAGGCGCUAAAGGGCCAGUUCAACUUUGACCAUCCAGAUGCCUUUGACAGCGAGCUGAUCAUGCAGACGCUGCGGCAGAUACUGCAGGGGGAGGCCGUGCAGAUCCCCGUCUACGACUUUGUCACUCAUUCCAGGAAAGAGGAGUUUGUUACGGUCUAUCCAGCCGAUGUGGUCCUGUUCGAAGGCAUCCUCAUGUUCUACUCGCAGGAAAUCAGAGAUCUGUUCCAGAUGAAGCUGUUUGUCGACACAGACCCCGAUACACGGCUCUCGCGUCGAGUUCUGAGAGACAUCGGUGAGCGGGGCAGAGAGCUGGAGCAGGUGCUGGCUCAGUACAUCACUUUUGUGAAACCAGCGUUCGAGGAGUUCUGUUUACCAACGAAGAAGUAUGCAGAUGUGAUUAUUCCACGAGGAGCCGACAACAUGGUGGCCAUCAACUUGAUAGUGCAACACAUCCAAGACAUUCUGAACGGCGGCCUAAGCAAGCGCCACAGCGGCUGCAUGAACGGCCACAGCACUCCGCGGCAGCGGCGGACCUCCGAGUCCAGCAGCCGGCCCCAUUGA